AUGGGAAACGGAAAUACUACAACAAUUAGUUCUUCUAGUAACGCUUAUAUUGAUGACUUCCUAUUAGAUUGCAAUUACCCACAAUUUUCAUUAGUGAAGGAAGAACCCAAAGGUGAGAGUACUCAAAAUUCAAACUUGUAUAAUGUUAUAACAGAUGUAGAUCAAUUACUGAAAUCAAUUAUGGAUUCCACGAGACAUACCAGUAGAAUUAUGGAAAAAUACAAUUCAUUAAUUAUUUUGUUUGAAAAAGUUCAUUGUCAUGUUUGUUAUCUUGAUAUUGCUCAACGUUGGAUAUACCAACAAGAUUACAAUCAGUUAUACAAAUUUUGUAUCGAACUAGAAGCACGUAUAGCUCAACAGGAUGAUUCACUUAAAAAGAAAUACAUCAGAUUCUGUGAUUUUGCUCAAUUAAAUUACUUUAAUGAAUUUGGAGAUAUUCCACUAAAUAUUGUUCAAACUCAUACAAACUAUCCAGGUUUUGCUAGUUUUUCACUCCUAAAUAGAACAUGUCCCAAAUGUAUUGAAAUUCAGGAAUUAUCUAAAACUCAAUGUGCUAUGGCAGCUUAUAUGGUAUAUAAAGCACAAGGAAUUUUAACAUUUUAUGAGUGCCAUUGGGACCAAAUAAUGGCAGAAUGUUCCGGAGCUAUUAAAUAG